GCAUAUUACGUAAGUCCAUCCGCUCACGCAUUCAUUUGAAAAGGAAAGUUCAGAGUGCUCGGGUUGUCGCUGUCUUUGAGUGUUUGCGUCCCAACCUCUUGCUCUACAUCUGUAAGUCCAUCAGGAUGGUUGCCCUUUCCAAAGAGUAUGGAUACGUGGUGUUAACCGGCGCUGCCAGUAUGCUGAUGAUGGGACAUCUGGCCAUCAAUGUUGGCAGAGCUCGCAAGAAGUACAACGUCCGGUACCCUCAGAUGUACAGUGACGACCCAGAAACUGGAAACAUUUUCAACUGCAUCCAGCGUGCACAUCAAAACACCCUGGAGCUCUACCCCACCUUUCUUUUCUGCCUGGCUGUUGGUGGCUUACAUUGUCCCCGCCUCAUGAGUGGGCUUGGAGUUGUUUGGAUUAUAGGCAGAGAGGUGUACGCACAUGGGUACUCCACUGGAGAUCCUAAAAAGAGAGUGCGGGGAGCGUUCGGGAACGUAGCUUUUCUCGGGAUGAUUCUGGCCACAGCCAGGUUUGGCUGCCACCUGCUUGACUGGACAGGGCCACGAAUGGGCCACUUCCAUUCAGUUAGGUCUCCUUUGUGAGGACGACGCAGUCAUCAGUUAUUUGUGUUAUCAAAACCCAUCUAUAUAGCCCAUAUAUCCUGCAACAUCACACAUGUAACCUCUGACAGUUUAACACAAGUCAGGUGAGGUUCAUGUUGUCAAGUGACCUGACCGGUUCUCCAGGUCUCAUUAUUAGAGUGAAUGGAGUGCAUUUACCGGUCGGCACUCCCACAACAUGCAAGGCACAUUGUGUUUGUCUUAAUAGCAUUUUCACCUGAUCUAGAAAUGUUGAAUUAGUUGGUCACAUGACUUAAAAUCUGUAUUCUUGCAAUAAACAAAUUUCAGAGGAUAUUUAGCCUUCCAUGUGUGAUGGACAGAAUAUCACUGUGUGGUUGCAUUUGCUGAGAUGAAAAAUUAAGAUUUUGUAGAUGAAUGAACACCUGGAAAAGGUUCAAAAAGUCAAAAUAACUGUUGUUGUUGAGUAAAAAAACAAAACAAAACAUCAUUCCAGUCACGACCGUGAUCUGUUGUUUCUCAUACUGCUGAGAGGGUUUUGACUUUUGUCAUACUGAUGAUAUUAAAUAUUACACUUUUUAUGGAA